AUGGGACUUCUUGAGGCUCUGGAUUUAUGCGUGUUAAACUCCUGGUCAGCCCGGGCGCGGUCAGCAACUUACAUCCACACCAAAGGAAAAAGUCAGAUUGACUUCGUUAUCACGCGGCGUCUUGAUGCCCAUCCGAUCUCUAGGCGGUCCUGCCCACUUCCUGACGCAGGGCUCUUUGAAUGGCGUGGUGGAGGUCGUCACUUGCCUCUUUCUGUGUGUGUUCCCACUUUACGCUUCAUGCCAGAUCGUUCUAAAGAGCCACAGGUGCAAUCAUUUGAUGUUAUUCGACUUCGGGAAGCAGUCCGGACAGGUUCGGAGACGGCAAUGGCAUUUUGCAAUGAAGUGUGCUGCACAUUACCUGAUGCCCGGGCUGACACGCCCCAGGCCCUCAAUGAGCACGUGAUGCCCAUCCUUGCACGGCACUUUCCUAAAACAUCGGGUCAAGUGAGACAACGCCCAUGGCAGCAUGCUGACCUUCAGGUCCGAUAUCCGCAUCUAUGGCAACUUUGGCGAACCUUAGGAGUCGGUCCCCCACCUGGCUUGCAUCACCUAUGUGGACAUGUACUGCGAUACUGGCGUCAGGUGACGAUCUAUAAGCAGGCGGCGCGAGAGGCCAAGCGAGCUAGCCGGGCACUUCGCAAACAAUACAUGCAAAGUGAGCUCAGACAGGCGGAAAAUGCAUAUCGACGGGGCGAUCAGAGAGGGCUCUUCGAAGUCAUGCGGAGGCUCGCGCCUAAGCAGCGCAAAGCGAAGGUUCAGCUACGCGGGGAAGAUGGCCGCAUCCUUUCGAACGCUGAGGAACUGCGUGUCUUCACUGAUUAUUGCCGGGGCCUUUUCUCUUCGGGACGUUGUGUUGCUUCGGAUGCUGUUCUUAGCCAACCUUUCCAGCUGAUGGCUGACGAUCUUGAACGGCACAUGUGCAAACUAUCCAUUGACAAGUCUGUCCCAGCCCACACCUUACCACCUGCGGUCUGGAAGCUGUGCCGGCGAGCACUGGCGCCUGUUCUGGUGCAAUUGGCAGCAAGGGCUUGGAGUCUGAGGCCACAUGCACCUCAUCUAUGGUGUGACUCCUGGCUGGUUUGGCUCAACAAGGACACCAGUGGCAAGAUAGUGACCAAACACCUAGCCUCGCUUCUCAGGACGACUGCACACUGUGAUCGAGUCAGGCGCCUUCUUGAACAGCAUCGUUCGGACAUCUAUGCCCGUCGUGCGGGCAAAAAGGCGCUGCCAUGCUACGGCGGCUUAAUGAUGGCGCUGGACUUGUCGAAGGCCUUUGAUAGGGUCAACCGAGAGGACCUUGAUAUGGCAAUGCGACAAGCGAAGGUGGACGAUGACUUGCGGGUGAUAAUACUUCAGUGGCAUGACAGUGUUCACUAUCACCUCCGUGUUCAUACACACCAUGAUGUAGUGCAUUGUACUGCUGGGGUCAGGCAAGGGUGCUGCUUGGCACCUUAUUUGUGGGCUCUACUCUCAGGCUCCAUCCUUGCUCGGAUUGCAGAGUGCACUGAUCUUAAAUGGGUUCAGUUCUUGGUGAAUGCCUACGCAGACGACGUUCACGAGGCCUGGGAAGUGGAGAGUCUCGAGGAUCUUAGGUGGUUUGAGCGAUGUGUGGUAGCCACCUUUGCAGUUCUCAAGCGUUUUCAUAUGAUCAUCAACGAGGACAAGUGUGUACUUGUGUGUGCCAUUCGGGGUCACCUCGGCAAACUCUGGCUGCGACGUAGGACACGGCCGUACAAGGAAGGCCAUGCGCUCUUUCUAGCGGAUGGUGCGGGCGGCGAGAUUUGUUUGCCACUGGCCAAGCAGAUGACUUACCUAGGUACCAUUCUUUCCUACGCGGGCUAUGAGGAGCAGACGCUCCAACAUCGACUAGGCAUCGCUGAGCUCCAACGGUACAUGUUGGUGGAGAUAGUAACCAGAGUGUCUUGCAACAAGUGCGUAUGGAGUUCCCCGGUGAGGACUGUGUUGGAUCGACUUCGACGAGUUGCGGAGUCCAACAUGGAAAACGACGGUCACAAUGCAAACAGGGAUGCGGUGGUCAUGCUGCUGCUUCAUGUGAGCUUUGAGUGCCUUCAGGAGGCUGGCUUGUCGCAGGAACAACCUGAUGACUCGGCUCAGUCGUUGGAGCCUGACCAGGCGAACACUGAUGAGGCUUGUUUGCUUGGAAACUUGAUUGCCGAUGACUCAGAUGGAUGUCGAGGCCCAGAUGUCCCUGAUGUGGGGGCACGUGCUUCCCUCAGUAGUCAUCUCCCAGCAGGCAUUGCCGGAGACAGAGAAGGAGAAGCAAACACCGGGCGAAAAUGCAAAGCGCAAGCCACAGAGCCAGGGCGUGAGGCCGUCGGGCAAGGGCGGCGGAAAAGCUCGAAGUCGACAGCGAGGCAGCGGUUGGGACAACACGCGGAGCGCACCGACGCACACAAUCAGCAGAACAACCAGCAGGAGCUCCUGGAGAUGGCGAUCAAGCUGAUGCUCAGGCACGAGGCAUUCCUCAGCCGACUACAGAUGGACAUGGUAUACAUCUUCACCUUCAAGAAUCAGCCCGGUGCCCCCGACGCCCUUCUUCUCACUCUCUAUCAGGUCUCGCUGGAAUGGCGCAACAAGUACCAGGACAACCCCUCAGCUCUGAACCGAUCUCUGAGAGUGACCAUCUUGCUUUGCCUUCUGACCGAGCUAAUGAAAAGGGUUCGGCGGCUCACGAACGAUGCAGCGGGGGAGGCAUUGCAGGUGAUGAAGAAUGCAGGCUGGUUGACAUCCGAGACACAGUGGGUGUAUCAAGUCUGGAGCCACUCGGAGAGCAAACUACAGACGGACGAAAACCGGGGCACCAUGUCCAUGAUGGCGGCGAUCGAGUUGCUACAGAGCAUGCUGAACCUGCUCGACCAACCAGAGAUCUUGUUAAAGUUUGCGGCGACGCGACCGCUUGCACAGGAGAUGAGCGGACAUCAAAUCUCCUUCAUUUGCGAGGUGUCGCUGAGGCACCAAGCUGCGGACAAGCUUUACACGCAAAUGGGCAAGCUGAUGGGUCAUGCUAUGCUGCACCUGGCGAGCGCAGUUUCCUUUGAUGGGGCAUGGGAGGCGCGUGUCAUGGACCAUGUAUGUUGGUCGGCAGAUGGUGGCAGCUUUGAAAACCCGAUCUCGCUGGAACUUGUAGCCUCAGGCUCACUACAACAUGCUAUUUCUGGUUGGCACCAACAGGUGUACCCAAUCAACCGACAGGCAUACCCGCAUGCAUUGAGUAGCCCUCCUCGCAUUUUAAGCUUGCGACUCAACAGGUUUUGUGACCGAGAUGGGGGAGUGCGGAAAGAUCAGAGUGCGAUCAUGCUGAGGCCACGUCUAUGUGUGACGAUGCCACUUUUUGCUGAUUCACAUGCUGUUCGAGUGGUUCCCAUUCGUUACAUGCUCACGGCGGGCAUCUACCACUUGGGUGAGAGCCCUGAUGCAGGCCAUUAUCGUGCAUUUGUGAGUGGCUAUUCUGAGCGCAACAAGAAGAAGUUUCACGUAUUUGAUGAUAAUUGA